AUCAUUGAUGGCAUUCAUAAUGAUACCAGUUAUUCAGAGAGAGUUGGACGAAUUUCGAAAUACUGUUUGGAAUCCACACAGAAUAAGAAAGCAGGACACAAACCUUCCAGAUGGAGUUCCCAACCACAUGCUUGCAUUUCCACAAGAAUAUGGUCUUCAGAAAUGCGGUAAGCAUUUUACAAAAUUAAUAUACUGCACCUAUCGAACAGCACAUUUGGAUGUUAUGCCAUACUGAACAUAUAUAUGUUGAUCAUUUUUAUAAGUGGUAAUUGCACAUUUUGUACCAUGUGUGCAUUUAAAUCAGUAUCCAAAUUCAAACCUUUAAAACCUUUGCACUUUGUAUUUUUAGGUUGGCCAAUCACUGAGGAACAGCUUCAAGAAGCAGCAACAGCAUCAGGUGUUUUGAAUGUGCCAAAUGAGCGAUUUAUUCCACACCCUGAAAAGAUUGAAUCUUCGGAAUGCAAAGACGCAUUUAUUUUUUUAAAAGAAAGAGUCAAUGUUUAAAGUUAAAUAUACUUUGCAAUAUUUACAUAUAUUUUAUGUAAAUCACACAUAUAUAUAUAUAUAUAUAUAUAUAUAUAUAUAUAUAUAUAUAUAUAUAUAUAUAUAUAUAUAUAUAUAUAUAUAUAUAUAUAUAUGUAUAUAUAAUCGUAAACGUGGGAAACCACAACAUUCACAUACAACAUUGCCAGACUAAUAGCUGGCUUUACGCAUUGAAGGACUAACCUCCGAAAUGCAACUAACAUCAUAACUUAACAAGUCGUUCUCAGCUUGGCCUUGUAGCUCAGACGGUAGAGCAUCGUUCUAGAAAUACGAAGGUCGCGGGUUCGAAUCCCAGCCGCGGUCAAGUAGAUUUUCUGCUUGCCCGGUUUGGUAUACACUCGUCUGAAAACAACUCAAAAACCAAUAUAUAUAUAUAUAUAUAUAUAUAUAUAUAUAUAUAUAUAUAUAUAUAUAUAUAUAUAUAUAUAUAUAUAUAUAUAUAUAUCUGGAGCGAGAACUUGAGUUCAAAAAAUGAAGCCAGCUUAGUGUUAACCGCGCAAUUCCGCACAAUAGAAAGGGACUGAAAGUGACUACACUCGCAAAAAUCUCACAUCUUGUAACAAGUCUGUCAACAAGCCGUCAACAAGAUGUAUUCGCACUGCUUGUCACAAGUUGUCAAAAGGUUUGGAACAACUUGUUGACAACUUGUAACAACAUUGUCGAAAUUAUCAGACUUGUUGCAAGGUUGUUCUGACAAGUCUGUUACAUGCAUGCUUGGUAAAACAAGAUUGUUACAACCUUGUGUUGACAACCUUGUAACAUCCUUGUUAUAUCAUGGCUGUAACAAACUUGUUAGCACAGUCUUGUAACAAGGCUGAUAAGUCCAUCAAGCUUGUUACAAGUUGUUAACAGCUUGUUCCAAAUUUGUUACAACAAACUGGGAACAAGCAGUGCGAACACAAUUUGUUGACAGCUUGUGAACAGACUUGUGCAGACUUGUUACAAGCUGUGCGUUUUUACGUGUGUAACAAUCUGCCAUCUUGGCAAGGAGUGUACCUAAAAUUUCGUAUUUUGACUUCGAUUUAAAGACUAAUAUUAUGAUUUUAUGAACUGAUAACUUGGUUAGUGAUACGGUCUGUUAGAAAAAACUGGAAUUAGCUGGAGGGGGGGGGAAAUGGUAUAAAAACUGUUUACGACCUUCAGAGCUAUUGAACGUCAAUGGCCGCCAUCUUGACUUCACUUUUCUCAUUGGCCGAAUGACUGAAGUUCCUGCUCCAGAUAUAUAUAUAUAGAGAGAGAGCUCAGUGGUUUACACAUGACGUCAUGACGGCCAUGUUGAAGGAACGCCACAAAAGAAUCUCAUUAGCAAGCUAGCACUCAUGUAAACCCAAAAUAUCUCGAUUAGAGCAAAGAAAUUUAAACGAAAAGCAUUCGAAUUUAUUGUUUUGAGACCUGAGAUGCUUGGUUUGCAAGCGGUAGAAAAAAAGUAACGGCGUUUGUGUUCACACGAAGCCGCCAAGCGUUCCGUUUUCAUCUCGUUCCGUUUUCAUCUCGUUUCGUUUUCAUCUCACUCCGUUUAGAAUCCGCGUGCUCGAAUCGUUACGACAAAGGUGACGUUUUCAAACAAUCUCGCUCGGGCGUAGCGUGAAUGCGACGGCUAAUGGACCAUUUGCAUUAUAGACUAAAUUUUGAUCUGGACAAAAAUUUAAUCACAGCUUGAAAGGGCAUCACAAAAUUAGUAAUAUUCCGAAGUUUCGUUGCGAAAUGUUGUAAAAUGCGGAUAAUAUAGCCUUGCGAAGUUUGCCGUUUUUCAGUCAUUUUGUAUUACAAACGGGAAAUUGAUGCCCCAACACCCGAUUGGGCUGUCAAUUUCCCGCGCGUAAUACAAAAUGACUGAAAAACGGCAAACUUCGCAAGGCUAUAUUAUCCGCAUUUUACAACAUUUCGCAACGAAACUUCGGAAUAUUACUAAUUUUGUGAUGCUCUUUCAAGCUGUGAUUUUUGUCUACACUUGUUUAGAUCAAAAUUUAGUCUAUAAUGCAAAUGGUCCAUGGUGAUCUUUUUGCGCCAUUUUCAAACCACUCCUAGUGUGGACGUGAUCUAAAAAGUAACUUGUACUAAACUUCAAUUACAAAUUGUCAUUUCUUGUUUUUCUGUAGCUGUCGUGUGAACUGUCUGCCUUUCGUUAUCCCUACGGACCGGCUUUCCUUAGCGGGCCAGUGCUCAUCCUGCAAGCCUGGUCAAAAUGUCACUUUCACGUGGACAGUCUACGCUGUCUACGCAAACGAAAUAAAAGGCCCACUGACUGAAAUACCUACAACUACUGAUUUCGAUAAGGAAAAUUUGGUUCUAUCCGCUAAUACAUUAGACAGGAGUACGGAUUACAGUGUUCGGUUGAAGACAACACGAGGGAAACAUUCUUCUCAUUCUAUUUAUCAGUUUAAAACGUCUGGAGAACUUACUGGAGGAACAUGCAAAAUUGAGUAAGUGACUCGGGAUGAUAAGUUAUUAUUUAUUUCAAAGAUUCGUGGUUUCUGAUUGUGAACCUGAACAUGAAUUGUGAAAUAUCAACUCAAUAGCUGACCAUAUAUGGAGCUUUGACAUAAUAUUCAACGGAAUGACGUCAUAUCGUUGAAUAUGAAAAAAUCAUAUUUAACAAUUAUUCGCCGAAGGCGAGGUGAUUGUCUGAUUGUCGGAGAAUAUUCGCCGAGACGUAGUCGAGGUGAAUAUUCCCCGAUAAUCACCGAGCCUGAGGCGAAUAAUUGUUUUAGUAUUUUUGUGUUUUUUGGGACUGAAUUUAUUUUAAUUUUGCUUAUUUCUUUAUCAGUAUAAUGGCCACACAACGGCUAGCCGCCAUUUUUAAAAUUUCGGUUUUGUUAUCACCUAUAAGUGAAUAUAACGCUUAAUACGUCAAAUUUGACCAAUCAACUUGUGGGAUUUGUUAUGUUCACUUGUGCAAAAAUACUAAUCAACGUUAUGACGUCUUACUGUGGAGUACGAAUACGAAAUGGACAAAGGACUGGUCAUUUUUUCGACGCAUUGGAUCCACAGAUGCGAUGUUUUUUUCAUUGCCAGAUAUGAAAAAUGAUCAAUUAAGCCUUCAGUUUGUGUUAUAAACCUUAGACAUAAACUUCUGGCUUGAUACUUUCUACCAUGUUCAACCCAUUGGUUCAACCUCAUUCAGAGAUCGUUUAUAUCCAGGUGUGCGAGAGUAUGGAAUGUUCUGCCAAAAGAGUUGACAACAAAGAACAUAAGCUUAGGUCGUUUCAAAAGCGAUCUCUAUGAAUAUUACAAAUCGGCUCUGAACAUUUACGACGCAGAAAAUCCUAGAACAUGGAAGUCUAUAUGUUUGUCUUGUAACAAGUCCCGUAAUUUGUCUUGUUCAAAUUCGUGUUGUUAUUAAUUCUAAUGUGUGUCCCUGAGUUGGUCUUGUUAAGCUUCAUUGUCGGCUAAUUUCCACUCAGGAAAAUUUUCCGCAGGAGCGGACGGCGUUGGAACUAACGACUUUAGCACUAUGUAACUUUCCUUCCAUUACUAUCCUGCGGAGGUUUUCCUGGGUGCAAACUGGCCUUUUUAUAUUACUAAAGAUCUAAUGUAGAAUGUGUCAUGUUCGUUCUGUAAGGGCUGCUGUAAUUGGCGUAAAGCUGUAGCAUAUACCCUGCCAUUGAUUGAUUGAUAGUUUGUAUAUUCUUGUGUUUGUAUUUGUGCAGAUAUGAUUGUGUGAAAUUGGCAAAGCAUAUAAUAAAUAAAUAAAUAAACAAUAAUACACCAUUUCGAUAAUUACGUUAUUUGUUCUGGGAGCCUCGCUCUCAUGAAUCGUGAGCCAAUCACCGUGCGUAAUAUUAUUAUUCUUAAUUUGGCCGGCAUAGCACAUGAAAGGCUAAUUGUGUUUGCUUCGUGUUUAGACCAAAGAAUGGUAAAUCCGCUGAGACUGAAUUUUAUGUCCAAUGUCUUAACUGGGAGGGCGGUAGAUAUCCCUUGGCCUACAACAUUCGCUACCAGUCCUCCGUAAAUGUGGAAACAACCGUGACCUCGAUCAAGGGAAAGAACGAUUAUGAAUGGAUACUAUGGUAUAAUGGCCAGGAGAAUACGUCGCCGCAAACCAAACUGCCUGCAGGUCGGAAUAAUACGAAUUACACGAUUCCUAUUUUUGUUGAAAUCCAAGGCACAUAUGGGGGGUAUGCCAAAGUGAACCUGUCCGUACAGGUAUGUGCAUAACCACAAAAUAGAUACUAGACCAGAAGGGACACUCGGACGAUAUUUCGUCCGAAAUUUUACGAGUGCUGACGAGUGACGUGAAAAUACGCCAUCCUGGAGUGCACACGGAAGUUUUUCAUAGGAAAACAUAGGUUCAAAGUGCCGUGUGCACUCCUGGAUGGCGUCAUAGCACGUAAAAUAUUUCGGACGUUUUUCCUAAGCCAGAACACAUAGGAGUGUAUAUUCAGUGUUGUUAUAUAGAUAGCGUGAAUACCAAACCAAACGGGAUUGACUGAUCUGUGGUCACGUGACUUUAGAUAAUGAAAACAAUUGAAAUGAUAAUUGCAAUAAAAACAAUUUUCAACAAGUGAAAAAUCGUUGCCCACACCGACCGACCAGGUACAUAAAUAAUCAAAAUGACCGCACAACUCGCAAGUUUAUAAACUACGAUUUUGCAAAUACGAAUUUGGAAAGACAAUUACGACAACAAGAAUCAAAUAUGAACAAAACAAUAAUAAUUGUCAAGCAAGACUACAGACUAUUGUGCCGUAGUUCCUUGUAGUGAUUGUGCACUUGAUCAACUCAACAACGGUCGCACUCCUCAACCAGAGUUGACUGGCUCGCUCCAUUCCAAAGAAAAUAGUUUGUGUGGGAUAUGUUUUCUGUAUUUUGAGCCGUGUACCUUAACUGAAUAGUUUGUUAUGUUUUUUGAAGGUGACGAUACAAAAGGUCGAGGGGGAUAAACUUUUAAAGGAGAUAGAAGAUUUGGGUAAAGUGGAUGGUGCAGAGGAACCUCAAAAGUUGGCACAACAAGUCAUUACAUUAGCUCAAGUAUUGAAUGAUGGACAGGCCAGCACAACUCCAGAAGUAACUAAUGAAAAGGUAGAAAAAUAUAUUUUUCAAUAGACCUUUCCCCUUUUGAGUGAAAUUUUGAUCUAGCCAUCCUGGACAACAAUUUCAUCACAGCUUGAAAGAGCAUCACAAAAUUAGUAAUAUUCCGAAGUUUUGUUGCGAAAUGUUGUAAAAUGCGGAUAAUAUAGCCCUGCGAAGUUUGCCGUUUUUCAGUCAUUUGGUAUUACAAACAGGAAAUUGAUAAUCAGUUUGAUAAUCUGAUUAUCAAUUUCCCGUUUGUAAUACCAAAUGACUGAAAAACGGCAAACUUUGCAAGGCUAUAUUAUCCGCAUUUUACAACAUUUUGCAACGAAACUUCGGAAUAUUACUAAUUUUGUGAUGCUCUUUCAAGCUGUGAUGAAAUUGUUGUCCAGGCAUAUCUAGAUCAAAAGUUCACUCAUAAAGGGGAAAGGUCUAUUGUACGCGCCACUCUAGGUGCGUAGUUGUCAGAGCAAGCGCCUGUCAUCUCUGAGUUCGUGGGUUGGAUUCUCGCUACGGACUCAUGUGAAAAGAGUCUGUCAACGCUCUGCCGAAAGUCUUGGGUUUUCUCUGGGCGCUCUGGUUUCCUCCCACAGGGAAAGUUGACAGGGUGGGUUAGGAUAAACACAGUUAACAAAGUAAUCACAAUUGUUGUAAAGAUAAAUAGUCUAGGCUAAGUAAGUAACAUAAGUAUGCGUAAUACUUGAUGUAAUCGGGCAAUGAAAAGCCCCAGUAGGAAGUGAGAUGAAUAAUAAUGUAAUAGGUGACGAAGAAUAGUAACCGCGAACCCACGAGACAACCGCCUGAAAAUAUAUAUAGAGACCUUACGAUUUUAGGACGGCAACGCGACGACGACGGCCAAAACAAACUCCUUCAAAUAAAUGGUAGUAAAGAUAGUUCGUCGUAUAUUAUCAAUCGUAUGAAUUUAAUACAGUUUUAGAAGUUGAAGACAUGGGUUUUAUGGUUGGGAAGAGUUCUGCUAAACCCAGGUUGAAGUUGGACUUGUUGUGGCUUGGAAUGCAGCCGUUGUAUCAACACGUGAAAGUCUGUGAUUUGGCUUGUAAACAGAACGGGGACAAUGUCUAAAUUAUUCAUAUAUUGUAAUUACUCAAUUCUUUUCAAUGAUCUAUUGUAUUGGUAGUCGUUGCCGUCGCGUUGCCGCGCAACUGGUAGACGGGAAUGAUCUUUGGCCUCUCGGCCGCGCGCGUCCUUCAUAGGCCCUGGGAUACACGGAACCGGAACUGCAAGAAAACAGUAGUUUCUAAAGCGCAUGCUCUUGAAUUGGGACACUUUAGCUAGCACCCGUAACAAUUUUCGAAGUGAAGUAUUACGAAGAAACGAAGUAUUUGUGUUGACAUAUUUUGAUAGAAUAAUUUUGUGUAGCGAAAACUGCUCAACUUUUGCGAAAUAGCAGUUCUCUGAGAAGCCAAUCAGAUUUCUCCCUUUAGUCGUCUGACCCAGAGGACGAGAAUGAAUGCAUGAAUAGCAGCUAGGUAUACGAGUUAUCCAAGGUUCUUAAAUGUUUUCUAGCAUUAACUAACUUCAUUUAUUGUAUGUUCUCUAGCUUCGACUCACCCUUGUUAAACAAGUAUCAAAAGUUAAAGCCACGACUUUACCUCUGAUCCAACAGACAUCAAAUGCUCUAAAAUUAGCCGCCAACAACCCCGCACAAGUGACACAUGAGACACAGGUUUGGCAUGAUCUACUUUUAUUCUGGUCCGUUGGGCGUUGGAUGGAUGGGUGGGUUAGUUAGUUAGUAAGUCAUAUUAGGAGACGAGGGGGGGGGGGGGAGGAUUGGUUUAGAGCUGUACCAGAAU